CGUUUUCUUUAUAUGAGCCGAACGUCUAGUUUAGGGAGCGCAACAUCGUCCACACCUUUGCUAAAUGAAGCACCAAAAUCACGCGGUGUCCACAGGGUUCCCACAUUUUUCAAGUCAUCGAUUCCAAAUAGACGGUCUUUAUUGCACGCUUUUGUCGGGAUGGCUAUUCAUAUGCUGUUUGAACUUGUUCUGCCAAUUAUUUUGUAUUAUGUAUUAAGAGGGUUUGUAUCACCACUGCUAGCCUUACUACUCGCCGGGUUACCGACAGCAGUAAUCGUUGUAUACAAAGGAUUUAAAGAACGCAAAGUUGAUAUGAUGGGUGUAUUGAUGUUAAUGGGGUUUGUUGUUUCAGCAAUACUUGCGUUUGUGCAAUCGGACCCAAAACUUUAUUUGUUGAGAGAAUCAGCGAUGACUUUAGCUAUGGGUACUAUGUUGAUAAUAACUUUACUCCCACUUCGUUGGCGCUACCAUGUGCUUCGACCCUUUAUGUUUUAUGUUGCAAGACAAAUUGCUAUAUCAAGUAACGUACUCAUGAAUUCAAAUACUGUUCGUGAACAUUGGGAUUGGUUUUGGGAUUACUAUUCAACUUUCAGAUAUUUCCUUCGUGCCUUAACUGGUGUUUGGGGUCUUGGUUUGGUGAGUGAGUUUUUAGUUCGCGUUGUGUUGAUCAAUUCUUUGGACGAUGUUGACGAUGUUGUGUAUUAUUCAAAUAUUUACAUGCUCAUCGUCAUGAUCCUUUUGGGUAGCUUGACCGUCAUAAGCACUUUACUGUUAAGACAUUAUUUUAAUAUGGAACAAAGCCGUAUUAAAGUAGCAGAAAGAAGAUCGGAAAUCGAAAAUAUUAUUGCAAGAGCUGCUGCAGAGCGUAAAGAGCAACAAAAGAAAAAGAAACCAACCCGAGUCUAGUCCACAGAUUUUGAAAAUAAAUAAAAAACCUUUGUGUAAAAGUGCAUAUCAUUA